AUGAAAGUGCAGGAGAGGUCGGCCUUUGGGAACAACCCUCAAGCAAUGAGUAACAGGAGAUGGGACAACACGAAGAAAGAGGCUGGAAAGUCGCCCAAGAAAGACAAAGACCCAGUGAACAAAUCUGGGGGCAAGGCCAAAAGGAAGAAGUGGUCCAGAGGCAAAGUUCGGGACAAGCUCAAUGACCUGGUCUUGUCUGACAAAACGACAUAUGACCAACUCCUUAAGGAAGUUCCCAACUAUAAGCUUAUAACCCCAGCUGUUGUCUUGGAGAGACUGGAGAUUCAGGGUUCCCUGGCCAGGGCAGCCCUUCAGGAGCUCCUUAGUAAAGGACUUACCGAACGGGUUUCAAAGCACAGAGCUCAUGUCAUUUACACCAGAAAUACCAAGGACAGAGAUGCACCAGCUGCUGGUGAAGAUGCAUACACACGUCCCCCCAACUGUACACUUUGA